AUGAAGUCGCGAUCUGAGGCUAGGCAGCCCCACAUUCCUGAACCAGGGAAGAUUCAGGAUGCCUUGAGCGAAUCCCAGAUCGACAGGAUGAGUUUGGUUCAGGUGUUGCCUGAACAAGAUGGAAAUGCAGCCUCAAGGUUUUCAGUGGCAGCCGUGCGAGAAGGCUCCUGGACUGAGUGGUUCAGGUGCCUGUCGACUGAUGCGCUUUCAGUCUCCGUGGGCAAGGGCCCUGGGCUUUUCGUCCAGUACGGUAGCCACAGCCAGCUGCAGAUCGCCGCGGCCCUUUUCUGCAGCUUGGUUCUGGCCACUUGGGCAGCGGCGGAGGCAUCCUCCUACUUGCGACAGCAUCCGACGGCGGAAGGCUACGAUGUCGCAGCUCAGAAUGAUCCAUGCGAGCCCCCAGCAGAACGUGUCGGAGUGGCAGACGCUGACCAGAUCAACGCCGGAGACGAGAAAGAUGUGGAGAUGGCCAACCUCACGGAGGCCUCCAUGGCGAAGGGUCUUCCCAACCAGGACCUUCUUCCGGUCUGGCUUAGGAGUCAGCAGUCGGUCCUACGAGCCGGGGCCGAAAUGUCUGUAAUCCUGGGACUUCUGUAUCUGUGCGAUCGUACGGAAGUGCUGCCGGAAGCCGAGAAAGUUCGAGAUCCCCGCCAAUUCUGGGCUGUUUGGGCCGCGAUCGUGGUGGCAUCUUUGUUUACAGUCCGCAAAGGCAAGGACUCUGCUCCCUUGUCGCGGGAGCAAACAGACGAAUGGAAAGGUUGGAUGCAGAUCAUGUUUCUAAUGUAUCACUACUUCGAAGAGAAGGAGGUUUACAAUGCGAUCCGUGUGUACAUUGCUGCAUAUGUCUGGAUGACAGGGUAUGGCAACUUCUUUCUGUACCGCAAGGGAAAGAGCUAUACCAUUCGACGCACGCUUCAGAUGCUUUUUAGAUUAAACUUUUUGGGCUUUGCAGUAUGCACUGUCUUGGGGAAUGAGUAUAUGCUGUACUACAUCUGCGCGAUGCACACUAUCUUCACGGUAUUCGUGCUGCUUGCCAUGUACAUUGGACAUACCCUGAACACCUCUGCAACUGUCCUUUGGGUAAAGAUUGUGUUGACAUUUGCAUUGACUUUAUUCCUGUAUGAUGGGCCGGACGUAAUAUUUAGAUUGGUUUUCGGCACACUGCCCGGAGUCAGACCGCUUUUCGCGUUUCACGAUCCCCUACAUCCCGAAUUCACAGACGAGAUGCAUGAGUUCCACUUCAGAUCCGGCCUCGACCGUUUCAUAUGGAUUGUCGGCAUGGUGUUUGCAUUGCAUUACGAGCAUGCUGCCGCCUUUUUGCAGAAGUUGGAGAAGGAUUCAUGGCCAAAGCAAGCUGUGGUCCGAUCGGGGAUGAUCCUGGUUUCGGCCUGUGCUGGAAUGGCCUGGUGGCAUUUUGCUUUCCGCUUGCCAAAACUUGAGUACAACAAGAUCCACCCUUACACGUCAUUCGUGCCUCUGACCAUCUAUCUCUUGGUCCGAAACUUGACACCAACUUUGCGUGAGUACCACUUGCACCUCUUCGCAUACAUGGGGAGGGUGACCCUGGAAACCUACAUCUUCCAGUUCCACAUCUGGAUGCGUACCACAGGUCUCAACGGAUCGCCGAAGAAGCUUCUGGCAGUGAUACCGGGAUACUUCUGGCCGAAUUUGGUUAUAGUGUCGGGAUUGUAUCUAUUUGUCUCAAUCAGGUUCUCGCACCUGACGGGAGUCCUUCGAGAUGAGCUCAUCCCAGAAAGCCUUCAGACUUUGCGCAAGACUUGGGUCGGCUUGCUGGGUGUUUCACUGAUGUGCUGGACAGGGGAUCAGGCGGUGGACUCCUCGCAGGGCAGACAAACAGGGGAAGGAGACCUCCUUGUCAGUGACGAGAGUAUCCUGGCGGGGUCUCAGCCAUCCGGCGAUCUGGUAAGCGCCGGCUUGGACUCCUGGCAGGUCGUGGACACAGAGGGCCUGGUUGUGGCAGAGGAUGAUGUGGUCGACGCGUUACAGACGGGGAGGGGUUCCGUGGAGGCCAAAAUGGAGCGGAUGCUUACGUGGAUGUUGGCUCCGGCUGUCCAUGGUAUACCCAAGCUGGGUGUACUUCCUGCUGAAGAGAGAGCAGCCGAAUUGCUGUGCCAGCAUGACCGUGAGGUGGAGGCCGCGGUGCGCGAGGUUGUCGCAGGCUCAGAGAGGUCCGUCUCCACCGUUGUGCUGAACUUCUGCCUUGAGAGGAUUCCAGUGCUGGGCUGCCCGACGGUUCUGCUUCGGACAACUUGGGGCAACCUUCGCAGCAUUCUCAUCGUGGCUGCAAUGUAUGGACAUGACCUUGAAUCAGCUCGCGUCCAACACGAGGCCUUGCUCUGCUUGGUCCCUCCGGGAGAUGACAAGGAUUCGUGCGCAGCUGCUCUGAAGCAGCAGACCGCAUCGGACCUGAAUCCAUCCACACUGGUAUCUGCAACGGCUCAGCAGGUGGCACGCUUUAUGAUUCGCGGGGCAUUGAGACGCGCCACUGGCCUUCAAGCAGCCGUGGACUGUUUCGAGCUGGCAUCUCUUCUGUACAGCAGCUGUGGAAAUGAUGCUUUGGACGAGGAUGGAUUUGUCCACGUCACAGCUACACCAGCAUCUGCCGCACGGGAUUUCUUUCGCAAGAAGUCCUUUGCUUCAUGUGUGUUCCCUGCCUUUCCUCGUUCUUGGAAUGGCAGCACCAAAUCUUUUCAUGAUUGCAAGGUUUGUGCCCACUUUGAUAAGCUGGCUGUCAGCUGCACUCGGAAGGUUGCCUCGGGCGUACGUCAGGUCCGCGCCGGCGGUGGUGCUCUUCCUGACCGGGCCUUGCCAGAAGCACAGCUGGCACAGGGUGUGGCAAUCUACCUCCGUCCCAAUGUGCAGUGGCGAAAGAGGGCCAGGACUUCAGGAAUCCUAAGCCUCUUUGGCUACAGCGAUGUGGGACGCUGGGAGCGGGCGCGGGAGAAGUUCGAGGAGGCCUGGCCACAAACCGUCACUACGCUGGUAUUCCUCUUGCAUGCUCUUCUUCCUGCCAUUUCCACCAUGUCUUCUUUGUCUGUGGUGCUCAGUGCUCUGAGCCCAGCAGCUGAGCUGCAUGGGUGGCAGGGCUGGGAUCUUCUGAACCGAGUUGCUUGUGCUUCGCUGGGACUUUACAGUCUUUUCUCGGUCGUCCUUCACCAGCUGCAGAGGGAGUAUCCCGAGGACGAGCUGUCGACAGCGAGCGUCACCGUGCGGGCGAUCGUGCGAGGAGUGCUCGUGAUCCGCGUGGCAUCCCGAGCCGUGUGCUUUCUUGCAGCCUGGUUGUAUGUGCUCCUCAUCAUCGAUUUCGGAGUGGACCAGCUUUGGUUCUGGCGGGAAGGGCUUCAGCAAGGCACACCUCUGGGAAUCUUGGGUCCCAUGGCUUGGCUACUGGAUGCAGAGCGCUCGCACCUGUUUGCCAACGAGAAGUCCGUCAUCUUCUGCAUGAACCUGAUAAGUGUGAUCUCCCAGCAGCGGUUGGUGGAAGUGCUGUCACGCCGUGAAGUGCUCUUGCGCUUAAUCGGUGCCGAGCGGGUGAUGGCAUCUACCAUAUGCCUCCUUUUGAAGGGUGUGGCCGUGGCAUGCACCCCAUCGAAGAGUGCAAACCCAAUUGCUGAGUUUUUGGUACGUGUGGCUCCUCCACCAGCAUGUUGCGUUGUCAUCGUGGCCUUGCGAGACCAUGCGUUGCCGCUGGGUAUUGCAGUCGUAGUAGCGCCCCGUGUCACGGCCAUGCUCGGCAGUUCCAGCUGCAUGUUGGUGGGCUUGUGUUGUGGCGCCUACGCUGCUCACGCUGUCCUCUCAGUGUGGUACUCCUACCGCGGCGACUUGGACUCUGCCGCCCUUCGUUUGGCAAUGCUUGUCCCAGGAGGUGUUUCGAGCCAGGCAAAGGGACUUCUCCGCGGGGUCCUUGCGGGAGCGCACCGCCGCGCUGUUCAGUUGAUGGCCAUGGGCAUCCUGCAGCGAGCUUUCCGCUGGCUGACCGACGUAGCUGUGCCUCCUGCAGGAUCAGGCCAACGUGCGUCAGCCGGUACAACUGGGGGCGAGGGCUCUAAGCCGAAGUGGACCAUGGCGCUCGAGACAGCUUUCACCAGUGUGGCUCGCCAUGACCUAGUGGCUUCUGCAAAAGCCCCGGGCCACAGCGCCAGCGCAAGCCAGAAGCCGCUGGCAAGUCUCGGCAGUUCGUCGAGCAAUCUCCAGACCGUCGCAGCCCUUGCUGCCGGCGCGGCAGCAUUUGCUGGAGGGCGUCAGAGGAGAGUCCCUGCAUUUCGGCGAUCUACUGUUGGAAGACGGGCUUUUUUUGAUUUCGCAUCGCAGCCUUCCAAGAAGACCGUAAUUAUCACCGGCGCUUCCUCAGGGCUGGGACUCGCCACUGCGAAAGAGCUUGUCAUGAGCGGAGAGUGGCGAGUCAUCAUGGCUUGCCGUGACUACGUCAAGGCAGAGCGUGUUGCCAAAGAGAACGACUUUCCGGAGGACAGCUACAUUGUACAGCACCUUGACCUUGCGGCGAACAACAGCGUCCGCCAGUUUGUCCGCACAUUCCGAACUUUGAAUAUCCCGCUUGAUGCGCUGGUCUGCAACGCUGCAAUCUACUUCCCAAAUGCUCACAAAGAGGGAGCCUUCUUCCCGGGACUCUUCCCAGGGGGUGGUCCAAGAUGGUCGGCAGACGGCCACGAAUUGAGUUUUGCAUCAAACUACUUGGGCCACUUCCUCCUGUGCAAUCUCUUGCUUGAAGACCUGCAAAAGAGCACGAUGAAGCCGGCGCGUUGCAUCAUCUUGGGGACUGUGACUGCCAGCAUCAACGACAAGGAGGUCGGUGGCAUGAUCCCACCUGUCGCGGACCUAGGUGGGCUUGAAGGCCUAGAGUCUGGAAUGAAGAAGCCGGUCACAAUGAUUGACGGCGGACGUUUCAACGGAGCCAAGGCGUACAAGGACAGCAAGGUUUGUGAUGUCAUGUUGAUGAGGGAGCUCCACAAGAGGUUUCACGACAAGACCGGUGUGUGCUUUGCCUCUCUCUACCCAGGUUGCAUCGCUGAGACCAAUCUCUUCCGAGAGCACUAUCCGGUUUUCAGGUUUUUGUUUCCCAUCCUGCAGAAGGAGGUGACCAACGCGUAUGUCAGCGAAGAGGAAGCAGGAAGAAGGUUGGCGAAGUGUGUGGCCGACCCUGCCUACGCUCAGUCAGGUGUAUACUUCAGCUGGGGUGGCGAGUCUGGAACCGGUGGAGCAGGAGGAACCGAUGCGGUGGAGAAUGUGGGCGCCAGCAACGACAAGUUCCUGCAGUACGGCAGUUUCCGGACUCUGAAGGAGAACGAAAUUGGUGGACAAGCUGCCGAUGAAGAGAGGUGUAGGAGGCUGUGGAGCCUCAGCGAGAAACUAGUUGGUCAGACUUUCUCGUAA